CCGGAAGUACUUCAUCUCGGAGCGUUUGUCAACAUAAAGCAACACGGCUGCAGGAGUACACACAAUGACCCAGCUGCCGUAAUUACGACACACUCAGGGUGGACUCGUCUCUCUGAUAGAGACGUACCAAAGUAUCCAGACCUCAGCAUUGGACUGGUUUCUCCUCGUCUCAUAUGAAUACCGAGUGAAGACAGAAGCAUGCACAGGCUCACAAGGGCGACGCUGGCCUUUAACGGACUUGGCCGGUGUUUUGUGGCAGAAAAGCACGUGUCUGCUAUACAAAUCCCCAGCCGAGGAUUAGUGUGUGCAGAACAUGGAGACGGCUCUACCAAGCAUGAGGUUUAUGAUGUUAUUAUAUCCGGGGGAGGAAUGGUUGGAUCUGCAAUGGCGUGUUCCCUCGGCAUGGAUCCCAACUUGGACGGUAAGAAGAUUCUUCUGCUUGAAGCGGGCAAAAAGAAAGUCAUGGACAAGGUCCCAGACACCUACAGCACCAGAGUCAGCUCCAUCAGUCCAGGCUCUACCACCCUCCUCAGUGGUGUUGGAGCAUGGGAGCACAUCACAAAGAUGAGGAGCAAGCCCUACAAAAGGAUGCAGGUUUGGGAUGCCUGCUCAGAUGUCCUGAUCACAUUCGAUAAGGACAACCUGCAGGACGAGAUGGCGCACAUCGUGGAGAAUGACAUCGUUGUGGCUGCACUCACUAAACAGCUGGACAGCCUGUCCGAUAACGUGCAAGUAAAGUACCGGUCCAAGGUGGUGAAGUAUGCGUGGCCCAUGCCCCACCUGGCAGAGGACUCCAUCCCAUGGGUGAAGGUCAUGUUGGCCAGCGGAGAGAGCGUUCAGACCAAGCUGUUGAUCGGUGCAGACGGACCGAACUCAUUGGUUCGGCAGGAAUUGGGGAUCCCAACAGUCAAGUGGAAUUAUGACCAAUCAGCGGUGGUUGCUGUGCUGCACCUAUCAGAGCCCACAGAGAACAAUGUCGCAUGGCAGAGGUUUCUCCCAUCAGGGCCCAUUGCAAUGUUACCGCUGUCGGACACAGAGAGCUCUCUGGUGUGGUCAACCAGCCAUCGGCAGGCAGAGGAGCUGCUGCAGCUGGAUGAGGAGAGUUUUGUCGACGCCGUCAACUCUGCCUUCUGGAGUAAUGAGAACCAGUCAGAGCUGAUCGAGACGGCCGGCUCUCUGUUCCGCAGCACCCUGUCGGCCAUCAUGCCAUCUGCAGGAUCACCUCGACAGCUUCCCCCGAGUGUGGCAGGGGUCGGCCCAAAGACCAGGGUCAUGUUUCCUCUGGGCACCGGUCAUGCAGCAGAGUACAUCAGGCACCGUGUAGCUCUCAUUGGGGACGCAGCCCAUCGUGUCCAUCCGCUGGCGGGUCAGGGAGCCAACUUGGGCUUUGGGGAUGUGGCUUGCCUUACGCGUCUCCUGAGCAGGGCGGCCUUUGACGGGAAGGACCUGGGAGCCAUUCAGCACCUGUUGGAAUAUGAAACUGAACGCCAACGACACAAUCUGGCCAUGAUGGCUGCCAUCGACCUCAUGAAGCGCCUUUACUCCACUAACGCCGCCCCUGUUGUUCUCCUACGCACCUUUGGUGUGCAGGCCACCAACAUGGUCCCAGCGCUAAAAGUAAGCUCCGUCCCUUCUAGCUUCUACCUCCUGCACAUAUUCUCCUGCACAUCCCAGUGAACCUGGCCAUCACUCAGAUGAUAUCAACCACCUAUCAAACCCAAGCUCCUCCUCCACCCCGACCCCACCCUCCACGCGCUUUUCUGAUUACAUGGAGCUUUACUUUAACGAAGUCUAUAAUUUCCAGAGUUCUGAACCUACUACUAUGGCAUCUAGGUUUAGCCCCAAAUUUAGUGUUACCAAAAGUGUGUGGGUGGGGUGCAGUGCUGGCCCGGGGGCAGCGGACAGCGGUGUUGGCUUGUGUUUUCACACCCCUUUUAUUACCGACCACUCAUGUGAAAUGACUUUAUUCCCUACUAAGUGAUUCAGACCAACACAACUGUGACUGGUUGUAAAGGCAGUUCACUAUGGAGGCACAGAAGUUAAGCGUGACAUUUUUUCCAUAUUAAAUGUUGUGCGUUCACUGGUUUACAGGUCUUGUAUAGAGGUCUUCAGUGCCACGCACUUGUAACAGGCUUUUAGUAAGCGUGACUCAAAGUUCACAGAGUUUCUGAAUUGGUGUCUCUUUUUCC